AACCUGAUGAUGAAAGAAAAAAGGGCUGAGUUGCACAGUAAAUUGCUAGAAACUAGAAGACAAGAAAUAGAUGAAAAGAAAAGACUGCAGGCAGAAGGGGAAAGACUGCAAAAGGCCCUAGAAGCCCAAAAGGAAGACCCCUCCGCAACUGAAGUUCAGCUAGCUUUACUCAGAGAAGCAGUGCUUAACACAAGACAAGAUAUGAACUUAAUGCGUCUAACCCUGCAAAGAGUUGAAACGCAUCGGGUGGAAUUCGAAAAUGUCUGGAAUAAUUUCUUAGAGAAGUCCGCUAAGGACGUGGACCAUCAUGUUCAGAAAUAUAUCCAGGUUUUGGAUGAUCAUGUCACUAAAACAUUCACUCCGGAAGUCGUAGAGAGGAUUGUAAAGGGAGCUGGAGGCGACGGAGGAGAUGGUGAUGGCGACGACGAUGAUGAUAAGAAAGGGGAGAAGAAGAUUGGGGAUCCAACAGAAAAACUUCCUCAAGAAACCGGGCAGGUCAACAAGAUAAAACUUAAACUGCCCUGGACCUACAAUGGAAAAAAAAAAGAAAGUGUGUUACACUGGGCAGCAGCAAUCGAAACUUACGUGUACGGACAACGUAUCCCAUACAAGGACAUGGUGUUGAUGGCAAUGUCGUGCAUGGGAGGCGACGCCAUGAGCUUUGCCAUCUCGCUGCAAAAAGAGGCGGAAUGCAGCUCUAUGGUCGAAUAUUCGCAGCAAACGCAUAUUGAGGAUUUCCUUAAAGCGAUAAGAGAGAGAUUUGAGGACAAGAACCUGACAAGGCGCACAAAAAUGUUUAUCCUCAGCCUUCCUGACAGGAAAUGGAAAAGUACCUCUGCACUAAAGGCAACUAUGGAUGAACUAUUGCAAUGCCCUGAUCACGGGUUGACGCCAACCCAAAUUUUGAACAGUUUUGCACAAGCACUCCCGGAUCACCUAAGAACACAACUCUAUAUCCGUACCAAGGAAGAGGGGAUGACAUAUGAGAAGUUUGGCAAGAUCGCCAUAGAUCAUACCGGCUUCCUCGCUGAAGCAUAUUAUUGUCAUUACUGGAAGGAUCUGCAAGCGGGUAAGAGAUGGCAAAACCGCACCAUCUCAGAGUCUAUAUCUGGGAAAGACAGUCUCCUUCUAACCUUUGAGGAAGGAAGCGCCGAGACCAUCUCCUGGGAUCAGGUUGACUAUGGUCCCGAUGAACCCAACAGACCGGUAGCUCAAGAGGGGAGUUACGCGGCUAUUGCAGCCCGCGGGGGAGGGCGUCAAGGAAGAGGGCGUGGCCGAGGAAGAGGUCACGGCCGUGGUGGACGAGGAUUCGGCACCCAGAGGGGUGGUGGUGAAGGAAGCCACUACGUGGGAGGAAGRGGAAAUGGUCCCUCAUACGGUGGCCGUGGUUCUUACUCCACCUGGGGUAGAGGAAGAGGCUCAUGGUACAACAAGUGGGAUAAGCCAUAUCCACCACAUCCAGGCCUACCGGAAUGAGAGUCUUGAAAAGAGUUGGGAAUUACAGAAAAAGUCUGGGCCGAAAGGAAGAAGGCAGAUCAAUGCCUCAAAUGUGGGGACCCCGACUACAUUGUCCCCUAUUGCCCGAACUAUAGGGGGGAAAAAAAGAACAACCAGUAGAGGUGUCAGUUGCCUCUACCGGGGCUUCAAAUGUUGAAAAAUCAGAAUCCUCCCAUUCGAAGGCCCCAAUGGUAGAAACUGAAGAGGAAGGAAGUCCCCAUCUAGUGCACUGUCCAGAGGUGGCAAACGUAUGCAUCUCUCUAGAUGGAUCCCUCACAGGCGUGGGUGAUGAGUUGGCCGCUCGUUGCCAAGCCUGGACCGAAAUGCGUAAAAAGAAAGGACAACUAAUAAUUGCAGAUCUAGAAAUGAAUCGAGUUAGAGUAG